CUCCAUACAGCCGGCGAUAGGAACAUUUAAACGCCGUUAAACUCCUGAGAUCAGAUUUAAUUCAGUGGGAGAUGGGCAGCCAGGUGUCGGUGGACGGGGUCCAUGUGGUUGUGGUUGGUGGUGGGUUCGGGGGCAUUGCUGCCGGUCAGCGGCUGAAGUCCCGUGGCCUCCCGUUCACCCUAAUUGAUCCGCGGGAAGCCUUCCAUCACAACGUGGCCGCACUGCGCGCCUCUGUACAGAACGUUUCAUCCCACAUUCCGCAGCUGGAUAGCUCAGUAGGCUUUGCCCACAAGACUUUUAUUCCUUAUUUUGAGACUUUUGGGGAGAGUUUUGUUCAGGGUCGAGUGACGCGAGUCGACACAGACAGACAGCUGGUUCAACUGGAGGAUGGCAAGGAGAUCCAUUAUUCUCAUCUCAUCUUGGCUACGGGGACUGAUGGUCCUUUCCCAGGAAAAUAUAAUGAACUGUCCUCCUACCAGACUGCCAUUCAGAAAUACCAGGACUUAUUUAAAGAGUUCCAGGCUGCUGAAUCAGUCCUGGUGGUUGGUGGAGGCUCGACAGGAGUGGAGAUGGCUGCUGAGAUAAAGACAGAAUUCCCAGACAAGAAGGUGGUUCUGGUCCACUCGCGUAUCGGACUCGCAGAUCCGGAUCUGCUGCCCAGCGUCAGACAGGAGGCCAAGGAGGUCCUGUUGGAGAAAGGAGUGGAGCUGAUCCUGGGUCAGAAGGUUUGUGACAUGAGUCAGUUGCAGCUGAAUGUGACCAGGAAGAACACAAUUGUCACCACAGACAAGGGGUCAAAGUUCACCGUUGACCUCAUCAUCUGCUGUACAGGCUUGAGGAUCAACUCUUCCGCGUAUGCCUCCAGUCUGCCACCCAGGUGUGUAGCAGAGAAUGGAAUGUUGAAGGUGAACGACCACCUCCAGGUCCACUGCUUCUCCAACAUCUAUGCUGUCGGGGACUGUGCCGACAUCAGGGAACCGAAGAUGGCAUACCACGCCGGACUCCACGCCGCUGUUGCCGUUGGCAACAUUGCUAACAGUUUGACUGGGAAGGAGCUGACCUGCUAUCGUACAGGUAAUGUGACCAUGCUGUUGGCCAUGGGUCGGAAUGACGGCGUGGGUCAAUAUAAUGGACUGCGGCUUCCUCGCUUUCUGGUCACACUGGGAAAGAGCAAAGACCUGCUAUUGUGGAAGAGCUGGAGAGAGAUGGGCCAGAAGUCCCCGUGAUGGUCAAAGGUCAGCCGUGACCCAGAACCUUAAAGACCUGCCGCUCUGGAGCUGUGACUGCAAGUUAACAUGUCGCUGGAAUAUUUUUUAACCCUCCAUUUUCCCUGCUGUUAAAAUUAUGUCAUGGUUCCUAGUCAGCAAAAAACAAAAAACAAAACAAACCAUUUUUGUAUUGGGGAUUAAAGAUUUUCAAGUGACAGAAAAUUCUGAGAACUCGUUUGUUUCAGAAAUGAGAACAACCAAAGCACAGUGGUGCUUUGAUUUUUCCCAAAUGAAAUGAAGCCUUGCAGCCACCUCAACUAUUCACUAUACUCCAUCAGGCACUUUAUCAGAAGCUUUACAUCUGAAUGCUUGGAGUGAAAUGCUUGGUGUGAAAAAAGAUAUUCAACAUAUUCAAUCAGUUUACUGUAAAGAUUCUGCUUAAAGAAUGUUCAAACAAAGUUAGAUGCUCAAUGUAAAAUACUGUUUACAUUAAGACUAAAAGUCGCCUUGUGCUAAUAUCACUUUGGACCAUUUGUAAGUAAUUCACAAUGCCAUGAAUGCCUUUUUGUACUGUUACAGCUGAAAAACAAGUUUUAUA